GGUAGGCUCUUUAGCAAACAUGUAUGUUCAUUCUCUCCAUUGUUCUGCAAAAGGGUUGUUCAAUAUCGGUUUCUUGUGGUCACACGAAAUGGACGCUUCCCUUCCCUUGCAUAAAUGAUCCCGAAAGCCGAACCCUACGCAACCCUUAUUCUGUACCAGAUAUCCAAAGUCAACCCAAUUUAAUUCCCAAAAUGGGCCUCAGAGGGCUAUGGAAUUUACAUAUACAUGAGAAAUGGUAUCGCUCUUGUCAUCCACGCGGACGGACCAGUCCUCCUGAGGAUAAGUUUACAUUGCAAACCAUCAAAAAAGGUUCCUGAUAAUUCCCACAAGUUAGAAGGUUAGGAGAUAUUUCUGUGCCCCGCCCGAAUCUAUUCAAGGUUGGACUACGUGUAUACCAUCGAUCACGAUGCAGGCGCUUUCCUUUUCUCACGGUGGAGUGUGUUUGACGGAUUUCUGGCACCUACAACGAUCCAGGUCGACCUGGCUAGGAUCGUCGAGCUUGCGACACUCGUCAUGAACCGUCCCCUUCAAUAACCAAAGUACUCGUUCGGGGAUGGCACUAACGAGUCUAACGGUGAACCACUAGUGUCCGGGAUACUUGAUAUAGAUUUCGGCAUGCCCACUCCGAUGAGCAGAGCUACAGGAGCGAUUCUUCACCGACUUCGUCUUUCACUGGCGCUUUUAUAUCGAUGAUCCCAUGACAUGGAGAUGCGAC